CCGGGGAGGAGCUCCAUGGAAACAUAUUCCGCGCGCAGCGGCGCGGGGCGGAGAGGAGGAGGAGUCCGCGGCCGCUGCGCUCCGGAGGUAGCCGGGGAGAGAGAGCCGGGGCGAUUCCCGCCGCCUAGGGAAAGCGGUAAGUUGCAAAGAAGGAAGAAAGUGAAGUGGAUCCGGAGUGUGCAGGGCGAGGCGAGGAAAAGGAGGAUCAGCUGCGCAUCUCGGAGCCGUUCAAUGUUGAAUGCUGAGACGGUGAUGGCAAGGCCAAUAAUCUUCCCAGUGAGUGUCCAUUCGACAGCUCCUGAAACCUUUGUGGUGCUGAACCAGAGGAUGAAAGUAGUUGAAGAGCAGACAAAUGCACUUUUGAAGGAACUGCAUACGCUGGGCAUUGAUGGACAAAGCAUGGAACUCUUCCCUUCAAAACCCUUGGAGGACUCUGAAGGCCACCAGACCAUCAGCCCUGUCCGUGCCAGAACGGCAUUUGGUGGAGCAAAGGACACGCUGUGGCAGACCUGCGAAACUCUCGUGAAUCGGAUGUGCCGGCUCGAAAGCGUUGUGCAGACCAUGAAGCUGAGUAUGUUCCGGCUGCAGACGGAAAAAGAGCUGAACCCAAAGCAUGCAGCCAAUUUAGAGCAGCGCCUGAACGCGAUACAGGAGGAGCACUUCGGAGAACUGAAGGUGCUUCAGAUGGAGGGAAGAGUGCUAUGCCAGCAGCUGAGGGAGUCCCGGGAAGAGGAGGAAAAAGCCAGAGGUCAAGUUCAAAAGCUGAGCGCCGCUCUGGAGAUUGCAACUGCCACAAAGAGAGAUGUAACGGUUGCCGCAGAUGAGUUGAGGGCAGCGAAAAAUAAGAUGAACCGUAAACUGCAAGAGCUGACGGAGAAGCUGUCCAAGGAGUCCAGCACGCGGCAGUCCUUGGAAGAAUCCCAAGCAGUCCUCCUUUAUCGGAUGCAUGAAAUGGAAGCGACGGUGGAAAACGAAAGGAAGCAGGUUCACAUUCUGCAAGAGGACUGCAACAGCCUCCGCCAAGAUAUUGAGAUAUCUCGGGAGAGGCUGCGAAGGGAGGAAGAGAAGGCUCUUCAGCUGGAACAGCAGUGCACACAGCUUAAAUCGGAUCUAGAAUCCCGAGAGAAUACCAUCUCCAGGCUCAAUGAAGAAGGGAAAGCUGCACGGCUGUCUCUGAGCAGGGAACACGAGGAGAACACGCAGCUGCGAUCAGAAAUAGCCUCUUUGCGAGAGGUGGCAGAAGAAGUGCAAGUGCUCAAUGAGCAGUUGACCCAGCAGUGUGCAGAAAUGAACGACACCCUUCGAAGUGUAACCGCGGAGAACGCUCAACUCAUCUCGGAUCACCAGGCCGCCCUAAAGGUGGAGCAGGAUAAAAUCAAUCAGAAGCUGCAAGAGCAAGACUUGAUUCUGGAUGCUGCCCGGGCCAGUAUUACGGCGGAACUGCAGAUUGUGCAGAAUGAAAAAGCUCAGCUCCAGAGAGAGAUAGAAGCCUUGCGUGUAGCACACGCUGCCUGCGGGCAUGAAGCAUCCGAACUCCAGGAGACCACAACCGCUCAAAAGGAGCUUCUGGAAUCCACAGUUGCCAAGAUCAGAAGCGAACUGGAGGCAGCUCUGCAGGAGAGGGACUCUCUGCUGAAGGAGAAGGAGAGGCUAGAGGAACAGAUGCAGAAAACAGUUCAUGAAAUAACGGAAGAGAACAAAAGAUUGGAAGCGGAACUAACAGAACACAAGUUGGAAAUCGGUCCUCUCAAAGAUACUGUGAAGGUGUUGGAAGAAGAAAACAAGAAAUUAAUGGAGCGGGAAGCUGCCUUGGAACACCAACAUUAUGCCCAACAGCAAGUAAAGCAAGUUCUGGAAGAGCUGACGGACACCAAAAAUAAACUGGCUUAUGAGAAAGGGAAACUUCAGACUAGAGUGAAGCAGCUGGAAGAAAAGGCGCAGUCCCUCCAGGACACACGCUCAGAAAACAGCCGGCUUCGCAAGCUGAACACCACCUUGGAGACAAAGUGUAACCAGAUGAGUACCGAACUUGCCUCCAUUAGGAUCAACACGCAGAGGAUGGAAGCAAAGCUAAAACAGACACAGUCUGCCCUUGUCUGCAGAGAGGAUGAUUUUUCUGUGACCGUCAAAACCCGUGAUGAAGCGCUGAGAGAGAACCAGAAGCUCAAAGGGCAAAUAAGUGCAACUGAAGAGAGAGAGAAACACAAGAUGACGAAUCUGCGACGCAAGCUGGAAGAGUCGAAGGAAGACAAUGCCAAAGUGACAGCUAUGUUGGAGAAUGUGUUGGGCUCUCAUAACAAAAUGCAGGUGGCUCUGGAGAAGGUUCAGACUGAGCUGGGACGCAAGGAUUCUGAGGUGGCUGAGCUGAAGAAGGACAGGACCCAAAGCCAGCAAAGAAUUCUGAUGCUAGAGGCAGAGCUGGAGGAAUGCCACAGCAAAAUGACCUUGCAAUCUCAACACAGCUUUAAGAUGGAAGCUCUUUGUAAAAUUCUGGAGGCCUCCAAAGCAGACAACAAGAAACUUGCCCAAAAUUUAGAGCAAACUCUGCAAACCAACAGUGCUCUGCAAAGCAAGCUUAUGCUUAUUCGAGAUGAACUGGAAAGCAAAGAAGCCGAGUGCCAGGAACUAAUGGAAUGCAGGGACCAGUUAAUUGAGGAAACCAAGUUGGAAGUAAAGUUGUACGCAGAUCGCCUUGAGACUCUGAAGAAACAGUUUCAGAAUGAGCGGGAAGUAACCAAGAAGGCUGCUCAAAAGGAAUCGGCUGAGCUGAAGAAAGCCCUGGAGGAGGCCUGCACUAAAUCUGGAGAAAUGUCCCGCCUUAACAGGGAACUGCGGGCAAAAGUCGCAGAGCAGGAGGCAGCGCUGGCCAGUCAGAAGGAGAAGCUGAAGAGACAGAAAGCGUUAAUCACGCAGUACUUCAAUGCCAGGACUAACAAUGCGCAAAAUGCAGGAAGGAUAAAGGAGAUUGAAACGGAAUUGAGGCAAAUGGAGGAGAUGAAGCAGCAGUACCAGAAGAAAAACCACGAGCAGUCCCUUAGGAUCAAAGAAUUUGUCGCUGAGUUGACAACCCUGCAAGGUGAGAUGCAGCAGCUAGCCAGGAAUCAGCAAGCGAUGGAAACGGAAAACAGAAACCUUGAGAACCAGCUGGUCGCAGAACAGAAGCAAAGGCAGCGGAUUCAGGAAGAGUGUCAGGCUUUGGAAGACACAGUCAGGCACUUGAAGAAAUGCAAAGAGGAGACUGAACAGAAACUGAAAGAAGCCAGCAAAGAGUCAGAACAUAUAACUGCUAACCUUGAGGAAGCUCACCACUGGUUCAAGUCUAAGUUCGAUAGUCUGCAGCGUGAACUGGUGAAAAACAGGCAGAAGAACCUUGGAGAAUACUUCUGUGAGGAGCAUGAGAAAGAGGAAAGGCCGACCAGGCUUCCUUCCCAGGCAUGCCUGAAGCGCUGGGAGACCAAGAACCACCUGCAGUUCAUCAAGAGGAAAUAUCUAAGUGAGCUGAACAAGUGAAGGGCUGCUUUGCCAGGAGGUUCCAGGCUGCAAGGUAUAACCCUGUACCUGUGAACACCACUUCUCAGGCUGCCGGUGAUGCUAUACCUAGGCAGAGCCUAAGGCUGGACCUAUUAUGUGAGCAUCCAUCUACUUCCUGAAGCUAGCAGAGGAAGAGCUCCUGUGUGAACUAGCUGUGCUCUAUAGGAAUGAAGAAAAAGUCCUUUUUAAAAAGUGUAUAUAUAUAUAUAUAUAUAUACACACACACAAACUUGACUGGCAGCUAGGAAUCCUCUAAAUCUUUGGGUUCAGCUUUCUGAUUCUUAUAACGCCUCUGGGGAACUUUCAAACUGUUUUAUUAAAAAAACUGUUUCUACAGCCCCCCCAUCCUGCUAAAUGCUUCCCCCUGGGGUCUUUAAAUCCCUGCAAUUACAUCUCUAUACAUAGUGAGGGGCAAGCUUGUGCCAAAUACAUGCACAAGCAGCCCACAGGGUGUAACUGCUACAGGAUAGGCUGUAGGAGGCCUUGGGGACUUUUGGAAAAAUAGCAGAGCUGAAUCCUAAAACGGGGCAGUGUCGUAGAUUAUUUAAAUGCACCAAUGCUGGUUUCCAAAAUGUCUAUGUCUCCCUUCAUCAGCUUGGCAUGUUCCAUGGGAUAGGACUUGUAUGUUUGAUGGGUAGCUUUGAGCAAGCACAUCUCCUGCUGUUGUAAAAGUGCAGUGCUUGCGGAAAUUGCUUUCCCUCUAACAUAACUACUUAGACAAUAACGGUCCGCACCUAUAUCUUGCAGGGGGAGCAAAUAUGAUGUCGUCAGGAUGGUGGGCUCGAACCCACAUCGGCCUCAGGCGGCAUGGACGAUAGGGCAGGAAUAAUGGGAGCUGUAGCCUAAAACAUCUGAACAGCACUAUGUUGGCUAUUCCUGCUAUGUACUGAACCUUAUCCUCUUCCCUGAGUAUCGAGGUUGUGGGUGCCUUGCUCUGCUCAUUAACUAUUAGGUAAGGCAAACCCAAAGGCACAAAACAAUCCAGUAUAUCAUUGGUGAUGAAAUAUUAUGCAAACAGUGAUUACUCUAUUCUAGAAUCGUUAAAGUGGAAGGGUGACAAAUUCACACAGCUAGGAACAGUUGCUUGGGCCUCCAAAAGGAAGCUUGGGUACUGAGCAGAACUGGCCUCAGAGCCACCCUAAAUCAUGGGCAAGAAUGUACUGUACUUCUGGUAUCUUUCCUCUUGUUUUUGACCACUACCGUGUAAUAUAUAAAUGUGUGUGUGUGUGUA